UCCUGUCAACAGUUCGGAGUCGUAAAAUCUCAGCAAAGCUAACAACUACUUGCAGUAGUUAUUCACACGUAUUUCAUCACAACGUGCCACGCGCCCAUGCUCCUCCCCCAUACCAAUCUUCUACAUACUCUCACUUUCCUAAAUCCUACACUUCGUAUAUCCUUUCCUCUCUCUUUCCAUUUCUAUAUUUAGUAUGUCUCUCUAAAGUACAGUAAUCACUGGUGCAUAAACAAACAAAAAAUGGCGGAAAAUUCAUCUACAGAAGGAUUCAUGUGUUUACAUGGAGAUUUGGAGCUUCACAUCGUUCAAGCGCGUCAUUUACCUAACAUGGACUUAACUUCCGACCGUCUUCGCCGUUGUUUCACCGCCUGUGAUGUCUGCCGGAAACCUCCGACUGAGUCCACCGCCGACGACGACGGAGAAAGUGGCGUUCCCAAUGUGAAAAAAAACCCCGACCAAAAAAUCCAUCACCGGAGAAUAAUCACUAGCGACCCUUACGUCACUGUGUCGGCACCUCACACUGCUCUCGCCCGUACACGUGUCGUAACCAACUCCCAAAACCCUGUUUUUGAUGAACAUUUUCAUAUCCCCUUAGCACACCCUAUCGACUGCUUAGAAUUUCGCGUUAAAGACGAUGACGUUUUCGGUGCUCAAGUUAUAGGUAAGGUUAGAAUUCCGGCCGAAAAAAUCGCCGCCGGUGAGAUUAUUGCCGGCUGGUUUCCCGUUAUUGGCGCUUCAGGGAAACCUCCAAAACCUAACACGGCUCUUCGGCUAUGGAUGAAAUUCGUUCCAUAUGAUACAAACCCAUUGUACAAGCAAGGUAUUGCUUCAGAUCCUCAACAUUUAGGUGUGAGGAAUACGUAUUUUCCGUUGAGGAAAGGGAGCUCAGUGAAGCUGUACCAAGAUGCUCAUAUGAGCAACAGUUUUAAGCUACCGGAAGUUGAGUUGGAAAAUAAUGGAGUUUAUCAACACAAUAGAUGUUGGGAAGAUAUAUGCUAUGCAAUUUCAGAGGCUCAUCACUUGAUUUACAUAGUUGGGUGGUCUGUUUUUCACAAGAUUAAGUUGAUUCGAGAGCCCACUAGGCCAUUGCCGCGUGGCGGUGACUUGACACUUGGUGAAUUGCUUAAAUAUAAGUCCCAAGAAGGGGUGCGCGUUCUGUUAUUAGUUUGGGAUGAUAAAACUUCCCAUGAUAAGUUCUUAAUUAACACGGCGGGAGUAAUGGGAACUCACGAUGAGGAGACCAAGAAGUUCUUUAAGCAUUCCUCUGUGAUCUGUGUUUUGUCGCCACGUUACGCUAGCAGUAAGCUUAGCAUUAUCAAGCAACAGGUAGUGGGAACCAUGUUUACGCACCAUCAGAAGUGCGUACUGGUAGAUACACAGGCUUCCGGUAAUAAUAGAAAAGUUACAGCAUUCUUAGGAGGGCUUGAUCUCUGCGAUGGUCGAUAUGAUACACCCGAACAUCGCCUAUUCCGUGAUCUUGACACUGUAUUUAAAGAUGAUUUUCAUCAGCCUACAUUUCCUCCAGGGACCAAGGCUCCGAGGCAACCAUGGCAUGAUUUGCAUUGCAGAAUUGAUGGACCUGCUGUAUAUGAUGUGCUUAUAAACUUUGCUCAGCGAUGGAGGAAAGCGACAAAAUGGAGGGAAUUCAAAUUAUUUAAGAAAACAAUGUCCCGUUGGCAUGAUGAUGCUAUGAUAAAAAUUGAGCGUAUCUCAUGGAUUCUCAGCCCUGCUUUUGCUGUUUUUAGGGAGGGUACUGAAAUUCCAGGGGAUGAUCCCAAACUACAUGUAUAUGGUGAAGAUCACUCAGAAAAUUGGCAUGUACAGAUCUUCCGCUCCAUCGAUUCUGGUUCAGUGCAGGGUUUUCCCAAGAGAAUUGAUGUCGCGCAGGCACAGAAUCUUGUCUGCUCAAAAAAUCUGAUAGUAGAUAAAAGCAUUGAAGCCGCAUAUAUUCAGGCGAUAAGAUCUGCUCAGCAUUUCGUAUAUAUUGAAAAUCAGUAUUUUCUUGGAUCGUCAUACGCUUGGGGAUCAUACAAAGAUGCAGGAGCUGAUCAUCUGAUACCAAUGGAAUUGGCACUUAAAAUCACUAGUAAAAUUAGAGCCGGGGAACGGUUUUGUGUAUAUGUUGUCAUGCCCAUGUGGCCCGAAGGCGAUCCUAAGUCAAUCACUAUGCAGGAAAUUCUCUUCUGGCAGAGCCAGACAGUACAGAUGAUGUAUCAAGUUAUUGCAACAGAGCUCAAGUCGAUGCAGCUCUUGGACUCACAUCCUCUAGACUAUUUAAAUUUCUACUGCCUUGGUAACCGUGAAGAGAUUCCAAGCUCUAUCUCUCAAUCUUCUGGUAAUGGUGAUAAGGUCUCAGACUCAUAUAAGUUUCAGCGAUUCAUGAUAUAUGUUCAUGCCAAAGGAAUGAUAGUUGACGAUGAAUAUGUUAUCGUGGGCUCUGCCAACAUAAAUCAACGUUCUUUAGCUGGGUCAAAGGACACAGAGAUUGCUAUGGGUUCCUACCAGCCUCAUCACACUUGGGCUGGAAAUCAAAGGCAUCCACGGGGACAGAUCUAUGGAUACAGAAUGUCCCUGUGGGCAGAGCACCUUGGAAGAAUAGAAGAAUGUUUUGAGGAACCAGAGGCGUUAACAUGCGUGAGGAGGGUGAAUGAGGUUGCUGAAGAUAACUGGAAGAGAUUCGCAGCUGAAACUUUUACUCCAUUGCAAGGACAUCUACUGAAGUAUCCCAUGCAAGUGGAUGCGGAUGGGAAAGUAGGUCCAUUGCCUGGAUAUGAAUGUUUCCCAGAUGUUGGGGGUAAAAUACUGGGGAAUCAUGCCCCUACUAUCCCAGAUGUUUUGACAACAUAAUCUCAAGAAUUAACAUGAUUGUGAGUCUCUUGGCACUGUAAAGAUAUAUAGUUGCGAGAUGUUAGAUUGUUAUUGUUUGUACAUUUUUCUAUGUUGUACAAUACAGGUUGGAAAACCGGUGGAAAUGAUUUGAUGCGUGUGAAAUAUUUCUGGAUAUUUGAUUGUUGAUUUGUAUUUGUGCUGAAUUGAAUAAAAGAGUAGCUGCAGUCUUUGAUGUAA